AUGUCUUCAAGCAACAAGGUCAAAGGACUUCUUAAAGGCCUUAGAUAUAUUUCUCAAAUGUUUGAAACGGAUGCUACUAAAGAGAAAGAAAUACAAAUUGGAUAUCCCACAGAUGUAAAGCAUGUGGCCCAUAUAGGAUAUGAUGGUCCCUCUGUGAAUUCUCCUAGCUGGAUGAACGAGUUCAAACACUCUUCUCCAAGGUCGGCGUCAUCACCUCUUGCUCCCAGCGAUCUUCAAAAUAGAGAACAGGAUAAUUCAACCAACUUCGAAGAUAAAGUGACAAAGAAAAAGGAAUCAAAAGAAUCUCCUACAAAGGAGAAAUCUUCAGACAGGCCUAGACAAUCAAGGAGGUCUUCUAAGUCCAAGGAAUCUCCUUCUAAUGGGCUUAUUCUGGCCCAACAAGAUGUAGAGUCACCAAGAAGUGGCCCACAUGAUAUUCCCAAGAAAGGUAGAACAAGGAAGUCAAAAGAUGCUAAUGGGUCAACUAGGCCCAGGACCAAGGACCAAUCUUCAGAAUCAAGUAACUUGAAUUUUGACUCAACACCCAAGUCUAGGAGCAAGCAGAGGCACAUUGAAGAAAAUGAGCAAAUAUGA